ACCACCACCAACCACGCGAGCAUCACCAGGCAACAGGACAUCACCGUCAGCCUCACUCACCCCGACAAACCAAAAACAAAUCUUGCGAUCCCUCCUCCUCCGUCUCCAUAACCGACCCUUUACUCUCAACCGCGAUACCAGCAACAGUAAACCAUGGGCUCCGUCGUCAUCCCCCAUCUCGUGUCUGGCUGGCACGUCGACCAGGCCAUCCUCUCCGACGAAGAGCGUCUCGUCGUCAUCCGCUUCGGGCGCGACUGGGACCCGGACUGCAUGCGCCAGGACGAAGGACUCUACAAGAUUGCCGACAAGAUCAAGUCGUUUGCGGUGGUGUACGUCUGCGACAUUGACCAGGUGCCCGACUUUAACCAGAUGUACGAGCUCUAUGACCCGUGCACCAUCAUGUUCUUCUUCCGCAAUAAACACAUCAUGUGCGAUUUCGGCACGGGUAACAAUAACAAGCUCAACUGGGUCCUCGAGGACAAGCAGGAGUUGAUUGAUAUUAUUGAGACGGUUUAUAGAGGCGCCAAGAAGGGCCGUGGUCUGGUGAUUAGUCCCAAGGAUUACUCGACACGACACAGAUAUUAGAGAAAACAGGGAACGGUUUAUGCAUUUUGGGCGUUUUGAAGGUGUUGGGUUUGUGUAUUGGCUGUGGCAAUGAAGGGUUUUACAUGGCUUGUUAAAUAGAAUCAUUUCAAAAGAUUAUUACUUGAUAUUUACUUUAACAAGCAUUCACUUGAUGUCGUUGUUUCACUAGUGUAUUUGGGCCCUAAGCAAGCUACACCCGUGUAUGACGGAUCAGAGAUUCACCAUGUAACUUUGCA